GAGCGUUCGUUCAUGUCAGCGCAGAUGAACCUCAACUUUCUGCAACAAGUGUCUCCUGUAGCCGAUCCAGCAAUUAACUUAAUUCAUUUGCCAUGAAGAUAUCAGUAUUGUUUUGUAUUUACCUUCUCCAAGGCUAUGGACAAAGCCAAAAUGCAACUAAACCCAAUAUUGUGGUGGUGGUGAGCGAUUCAUUUGAUGGCAGACUGACCUUUGAUCCUGGCAGCAAAGUUGUAGAGCUGCCAUACAUAAACUACCUCAGGCAACUUGGCUCCACGUUUCUUAAUGCUUACACCAAUUCACCCAUCUGCUGCCCAUCAAGAGCUGCAAUGUGGAGCGGCCAGUUUGUUCACCUCACUCAGUCGUGGAAUAACUACAAGUGCUUGGAUUCAAAUGCAACGACGUGGAUGGAUUUGCUGCAGAAGAGUGGAUAUCAGACCAAGAUGAUGGGCAAGCGGGAUUAUACCUCAGGGAGUCACUCUGUCAGCAAUCGAGUUGAGGCAUGGACACAAGACGUGCAGUUCCUCCUGCGCCAAGAGGGCCGGCCCGUUUCGCAACUGGUUGGCAACAUGUCGACUGUCAGGAUCAUGAGGGAAGACUGGAAAAACACAGAUAUGGCCACACAGUGGAUCCAUCAGACGGCUGCAACCUCACGCCAGCCCUUCGCUCUUUAUCUUGGCCUCAAUUUACCUCAUCCAUACAAAACUGAAUCCCUGGGGCCCAAUGCAGGAGGAUCCACGUUCCGCACUUCACCAUACUGGCUAACGAAGGUGUCCUCUGAUCUCGUCUCUGUUCCCAAAUGGCUGCCCAUGGCAGCCAUGCACCCCGUGGACUACUACUCCACCUUCACCAAAAACUGCAGUGGUGCUUUCACUGAGGAGGAAGUCAAAAGCAUUCGGGCCUUCUAUUACGCCAUGUGUGCUGAAACAGAUGCAAUGCUGGGCCAGGUCCUUUCAGCCCUGAGGGAGAGAGGCCUCCUUAACAACACACUUGUUAUUUUUACCGCUGAUCAUGGAGAGCUGGCCAUGGAGCACCGGCAGUUCUAUAAGAUGUCAAUGUUUGAAGGCAGCUCCCAUGUUCCCCUGCUCAUCAUGGGACCUGGCCUGACGUCUGGUGUGCAGGUCAACCAGCUUGUGUCUUUGGUUGAUCUUUAUCCCACAGUGCUGGAAAUGGCUGGUAUUACACCUGAAGGUAAUCUCAGUGGCCACUCCCUCCUUCCUCUGCUAUCCACAUCCAAUGCUUUCCCUAAGACGCAACACCCAGACUGGAUAUUGAGUGAAUAUCAUGGUUGUAAUGUGAAUGCCUCUACAUACAUGCUGAGAAGCGGUCGGUGGAAAUACAUCGCCUAUGCAGAUGGCCUGAGUGUCCCUUCGCAACUUUUCGACCUUACACUGGACAAGGAUGAACUUCACAACGUGGUUUUCAAAUACCCAGAUGUGCAGGCGCAUCUGGACAAGCUAUUGCGCAGCAUUGUAGACUAUCCAAAAGUGUCUUCCGCUGUCCAUCUCUACAAUAAAGAGUCAUUUGGUGCAUGGCGCCACAGUUUGGGUAGAAACUACAGCCAGGUCAUUGCUAACCUCAGGUGGCAUGUGGAUUGGCAAAAGGAUGUAUUAGCCAAUGAAAGAGCUAUUGACAAUUGGCUCUUUGGCUCUUGGUGAUACAUUUAUGGGUAUAAUGAGGUAUUUGUCAAAUUGAGGUGUGAGCCAGUAUCACUCUUUAUAUAAAGCUGGAAUCUGACAAUAAGAGAGCCACUGAGGGGCUGUGCGGCUCAUCAUCAUAUUUAUUGUAAUGCUUAUUUUGUUGGAUAACCUCAGACUAUCCUUUUUAAUGUCCCAAUAGAUUUGCACUUUGUCCUUUCAGGAGUUUUUUUGGCUUGACUUUACUAUAUUUGUGAAGCACUGAAAGCUUCGUCGUUUGUCCAUUUUUUAAUUCAAUAAAAACGUUUUUGACUUUG